GAGUGCAACCGCCAUGCUGAGCCGUGAUGGCUUGGGCUGCCAGCCGUGGCCGAGGCCGGGGGAGGUUUUCACUCGCCCUGGCUGUGAGCCGUUUGAGCAACUUGCAUCUUAAGGAAGAGAAAAUCAAACCAGAUGUCAAUGGUGCUGUUGUCAAGACCAAUGCUAAUGCAGAGAAGACAGAUGAAGAAGAGAAAGAGGACAGAGCUGCCCAGUCUUUACUCAACAAGCUGAUCCGAAGCAACCUUGUAGAUAACACUAACCAAGUGGAAGUCCUGCAGCGAGAUCCGAACUCCCCACUCUACUCAGUGAAGUCUUUUGAAGAGCUUCGACUGAAACCACAGCUUCUCCAAGGAGUCUAUGCCAUGGGUUUCAACCGUCCUUCCAAAAUCCAAGAGAAUGCAUUGCCUUUGAUGCUUGCUGAACCCCCACAGAACUUAAUUGCCCAGUCUCAGUCUGGUACUGGUAAAACAGCUGCCUUUGUGUUGGCUAUGCUCAGCCACAUAGAACCUGCAAACAAAUAUCCCCAGUGUCUGUGCCUCUCCCCCACAUAUGAGCUCGCCCUUCAAACAGGAAAAGUGAUUGAACAGAUGGGCAAAUUUUACCCUGAAUUGAAGCUAGCUUAUGCUGUUCGAGGCAAUAAAUUGGAAAGAGGUCAGAAGAUCAGUGAGCAGAUUGUCAUUGGUACCCCAGGGACCGUCCUGGACUGGUGCUCCAAGCUCAGGUUCAUUGACCCCAGAAGGAUCAAGGUGUUUGUUCUGGAUGAGGCUGACGUGAUGAUAGCCACUCAGGGCCACCAAGAUCAGAGCAUCCGUAUCCAGAGGAUGCUACCCAAGAACUGCCAGAUGUUGCUUUUCUCUGCCACCUUUGAAGACUCUGUGUGGAAGUUUGCCCAGAAAGUGGUCCCAGACCCCAACAUUAUCAAACUGAAGCGUGAAGAGGAGACGUUGGACACCAUCAAGCAGUACUAUGUCCUGUGCAAUAACAGAGAUGAGAAGUUCCAGGCCUUGUGCAACUUGUAUGGGGCCAUCACCAUCGCACAAGCCAUGAUCUUCUGCCAUACCCGCAAAACAGCUAGUUGGUUGGCAGCAGAGCUCUCAAAAGAAGGCCACCAGGUGGCUCUGCUGAGUGGAGAAAUGAUGGUGGAGCAGAGGGCUGCUGUGAUUGAGCGCUUCCGAGAGGGCAAAGAGAAGGUUCUGGUGACCACCAAUGUGUGUGCUCGUGGCAUCGAUGUUGAACAAGUGUCUGUGGUCAUCAACUUCGAUCUUCCUGUGGACAAGGACGGGAACCCAGAUAACGAGACCUACCUGCACCGGAUUGGGCGCACUGGCCGCUUUGGCAAGAGAGGCCUGGCCGUGAACAUGGUUGACAGCAAGCACAGCAUGAACAUUCUGAACAGAAUCCAGGAACAUUUUAAUAAGAAGAUAGAAAGAUUGGACACAGAUGAUUUGGACGAGAUUGAGAAAAUAGCCAACUGAGAAGCUCCACCAGCCACUGGUGCCCGCCCUCGGGGCUGCCUCUGCCCAGGAGAUGAGUGCUUUCAUGGCACAGGCCUCAACUGUCACCACAAAGACAAAGGCAUGAGGAGAGAAGCUACCUACCUCAUUUUAAAUUACGUUUGGACUUGACAAAAAAUUUUGCAAAUGAUGAGGGAUGGUAGAAAAAUUAUUUACACCACUGUGGAAGAUUAGGCGUGAAUAUACAGAAAUUUACCUUUUGGAAAUUUCAUCAGUGUUUUGGCCAGCAUUUUUCUCAUCAUUACCUAAUCUAGAUAUUGUGGCUGAAUACUUAUCCAGGAUCCCCUGCAGAGAAAUACCUGCCUGUUCUCUGGCUUGGAGUGUGGGGGCCAGCCUCCAGCAUCUGUGGAAAUGACUCAAUAGAAGUGAAGAGGGAUUACAGAAGGAGAGGACGCCCACAGUAGAUAGGAGUUAUGCCUCGACAUGGUAUCUGGAGGCUACCAUGAGGCAGCAGAGGCAGCCUGUGAGCUGCUACUUUGGACUGACUUUGUGUCAAAUAGCUCAUCUGCAUAUUGCCAGCCCCUCUGUCCUAAUGCCCACACUAGGAAGGUAUUUGCUGUGAUGGACAAAAAUGCCAACCUCUGGGCCUUUGUAUGCAGGCUUGUGUCUCAGGACCAUCACUAGCCCUUUUCAGCAGGUUUGAUCUGUGUAUGGUGUACAUUGGAUUAUUGAUGGGUCCUUUGCUUGUGCUUGGGCAAGUCCUGUGUAGAAGUCACCUUGGAAAAAUGGUGGUAGACGUAGCUUGCCACAAAAUUUGGUUUCACUGGCAUUUGCAGUAUCUUUUUUGUGUUGCCUUGAUCCUAGCCCAAGCAAAUAAAAAGUGGUCUGGGAUUUGGAUUUUCAGUGAAAAUUGUGGUUCAGGUUUCUAAUGGCCAGCCUCAAGGCACCUUCAGCAAUAGUCACAAAUCUUUCUUUGCCUCCAGAUCCCAGAAGUUUUGUCAGAUCUGGGGAAUGAUUACAGAUAUUUGGCAUCUUGAUUGUAAAGAGGUUCUGAACAUCUGUGUUCCCACGGCCUGGAAUAUGCAAACAGGUGCAACCGAGGGACUAGAUGGACUACAGCCAUUCAUCUAUCCAAGGCACGAGUAACUGCCAAGGCCUGUGCUCCAUCCUUACUUGGCAUCUAUGCAUAGGACAGUUAGAACAAAGAAUAGAAAUGGAAACUUUCUCACAUCUGGCCAAGGUUCUUGGUACCCAGAGUGACAGAGCAAAGAUGAGAUGAAACUCAGGUGCAAGAGCAGUCUCAGACCCCCAACCAAAAGGAGUCCUCUUCAGCUCUUUGGCCUUGAUAUGGAAUGUACUUUAUCUAGGACCUGGAAGAGGAGUUUUACAAUUAUUAUUAUUUUGUGUGUGGUUCUGGGGAUCAAACCCAAGGCCUAUACAUGCUAGGCAAGCGCUCAAGCACUGAGCUAUACCCCUGGCUGUGGUAGAGGACUUUUAUAUGAUUAGAACCAUUGUAAUCCCAGAUCAUCUUUGAGGCAUCUCUGUUUUAAGGCCAGGCUGUCACCUGGAAAGGGAAUGGGCCCAAUAUCAGCCUCCCGGUGCUUUCCUUAAUCUAACAUUGUGGAAAGACUGACAGACUGUCAAUUCUGACACAUUCUCCUGUGGGUACUUGAUGGUGUAGUUUUCUGUGUACUCCUGGUCAAUGUUGACCCAUCAUAGGAGUCUCGUAAGAAGAAAAGAAAUGUUAUAGUCCCCUGAAGUUCUGUGGACCAACUUUGAAAUAACUUAAAAACAAGGACAAUAAAGAAAUAUAUAAACUGCUCACUAGGCUGCAGGCCGACUCCACUCCUCACAAUAGGUAUGACUCAUCUACUAUUGCAGUCCCAAGUCUGAGAAGGAAAAUGGGAAAUGGUGUACAGCUGAUUCUUCAAUAGUAGGAGUAAAUGAGUUUCUGGUGGAAGUGUAGAUCAAUAGUUCUUAACUUGGGAUCUUAGACCUCUGAGAAUUCACUGGAUGGGUUUCGUGGAGUCUAUGAAAUAUAUGCAUUAGUUUGAGUUUAAAUGCAUUUUCUUGGGGAGACUCCCAAAGGAUUAUGCAUCUUUUAAAAAGCCUAGACACCCCCUAUUGUAGAUGGUUCUGGAACGUCAUCCCAGUGUCACUGUGGAUCAUAUCCCUUCACAGUCCAUAUUCAUUCCUGCCAGUGCCUGUCUCCAGGGCUAAGUGGUCCACAGCUGCUUCUGUGACCUAGUACAGCCUGGAGACCUCAGUGAUGUAAAAAAUGUAUUGAAUUUAAUUAAUUUUGGUCCCCAGGGAUUCUUUUACUGAUUUUAUUUAUGGAAUGAUAAGCUGUGCCCUAAAAGAGAGAAACUCAGGAAAGAAAAUUUUGUUCCAGUAGAAAAUACUGGAUGUUCAUUAUCCAUAAACAAUGGAUUUUAUUAGGAUUUUUUUGUGUCAUUUAUUGGCUGUGUGCAUAAGAACAAAUCACUUGUUGAUAUAUUCUUUAUUGGUGUUAACUAAGAUGUGUUCUCAUUCAUGAGUGGGUAAAGGAAACAGCAUGUUUUUGGUUAGUGUUAUUAGUAAUAAGCGAAGACUCACAUGUUAUUUCUUAGGCUAGUUAUAGCCUGGUAUUAUGGGCUUGGAGAUAGGUCUUCUCUUUGUCAUUCCCAUCUUGUUUCUUAUUUAAGAUGUAGAAUAUUCCAUAUAAAUAUCAAUGGUGACCAGAAGGUAAGGAUUUCUGAGGAUAGAGAAAGUUUUGUGAAGAAAUGGAGCUUGCAUAUGAGAGAAAAGCAAGAUUCCAAGUGACAAGAAGAGUGCCCUAGGUAGGGGAAGGGAAUAUUAAGACUAACACAGGACUAGGGCUAUAGUUCAGUGAUAGAGCGCUUGCCUUGCAGGUGUGAGGCCCUGGGUUCAAUCCUCAGGACCACAUAAAAAUAAACAAAGGUAUUAUGUCCAUCUACAACUAAAAAAUAAUAAUAAUAAAAGACUAAAGCAAAUUCACCAGGAUGAUGAUAGGGGUACACUGGAGAGGCAGGGAGAUGAGCAGCCUAGCUAUGUGCGUAGAGAAGUCUCUUCAGAUAGAAAAUGAAGAUUUGAAUCUUUAAACAGUGUCUUAGUCCAUUUGUGCUGCUACACCAAAAUACCUGACUGUAAUUUAUAAAGAACAGAAAUGUAUUUCUCACAGUUCUGGAGGCUGGAAAAAUCCAAGAUCAAGGAGCCAGCAGGGCUGACUGAAGUCUGAUGAGGACUGCUCUCUUCCUCCAAGAUGGUACCUUGUUGCUACUCUUGAGGGAAGGACACUGUGUCCUCACAUGGUAGAAAGUAUGGAAGGGCAAGCAAGUGUUCACUUUAGCCUUGAGCUCUUCUGUAAGGAUGCUUCUCUCAAAGGUCACACCUACACACCCCACCUCUAAUGGGAUUGAACCAUUACCACUCAGCUACAUCUCCAGCCCUUUUUAUUUUUUGAGACAAAGUCUUGCUAAAUUGCAGAGGCUGACCUUAAAUUUGCAAUCUUCUGGCCUGUGUCUCCAGAGUGACUAGGAUUACAGAUGUGCACCACUGUCCCUCUCAAGGUCACAACUUCUUAAUACUGUUGUAUUUGGAAAUUAAGUUUCAACCUGAAUUUUGGAGAGGGCACCAUCAUUUAAACCAAAGUAAAUGGUGUUUGAACUUAGUGGUAAAUUUCCAUAGAUUCUUAAAUUAUAAAAAUGAUAAAAUUUUUUGAGAAGAAUUUGUCUAGCAGAAAUACAUAGGAUAUUGAAUAUAUUGGAGGUAGAAAAUGCUGACAGCUAAGCCAGAUUUUAUUGGAUCUGUCCCAUCAUACCCCCAGUGCUGAGAUGUCAUUUGGCUGUGUGGAAAACAAAAAAAGAAAUGCACUGGGGAAAUGGAAGAAGAAUGGUAGGCCAAGAAGGAUCUGUGGUUUGUAAAAAAUUCCCUGCAAAAAAUAAUCUGAAGAAACCCACAAUGAGGGUGUGGAAAGAACAGACUGCAUUAGAAUUGAAUCCCUGUCAUGUAUGAUGCCAGGCCUGCCACCUUUAUAAGAGGGCUGAUCCCUCCUUCACCACACCACUCAAUGUGUGGUAGAUUUCAGGGGCCCUCUUUAGGUUUCUCUUGGUCUUGGAAACAGACACCAGGUGCUUGGGAACCCCUUGUAGUUUUUUACAUGAAUGUUUUUUUGCUUGAGAAUAAAUAUUCCUUAUUCUA